AUGGCACCCUCAAAUACACAGGCUCCUCCUAUAAUAGGGUCUACCAAUUCCCAGCAGAUCAAAUUUGCGGCUAUAAUCUCCAGAGACGAUAAACCAUUGUACUUGCAAGCGUUCGAGCCGGAUGUACCAAAAAGAAAGAAUGCUAACAACUUUCUUAAGUACAAUUUCCUCUCCCACAUGUCGCUAGAUGUGUUUUCUUCAUCGUCCUCGCUCAAUCUUAGAGAGCAGCAGAAGGUAGGCGAGAACGAUGCGUUGCUUUUGUUCAUACAAGACGGUAUAACGGUGUACGGGUACGAAACAAACACCAACUUGAAGAUCAUCGUGGGAUUGGGGGUCUAUGAGGAGUACGAUGAUAGUGAAAACGGAAACGAAGACGAAAAGGAAGAUGAACGUGAAGGUGGUUCAGAUAAAGAAGCUCUAGGUGGCGCUGAUUUGGAGAUAAUAGAGAAGACGGGCCAGGCAGUGGACCGCAGAAACACCCUCAACAGCAUCUUCUCUCAAAUACACAAGAGCUACUUAAGAGUGAUCUGUAAUCCAUUCACCAACUUGGCAGGGCACGAUGAUACUGUCUUGCAAACACCCACAUUCGACAAUGCGAUAAAGAAGAUUGUCAGUCAGUGGAAUUAG